CUUUUUAUCACCCGGCGACGCUCUGAGGUGUCACAGUUACAUCUCCUGAUUGGUUCGAGGCGUCGGUGUGAAACUUGUUCCUCGGUCUCCACCACCAGUUGCAGAUUGCAGUUGAAAGAGGACAGUUUGAUCAGCCCACACACUGUGAGUCACCUGGCUGAGGGCCGUCCUGCGUCCGUCUGGAGGAAGGUGACCAGCGCCGGUGGUCCAUCAUCUCCUUCCUCGUAGGAAUCGCUGAGGAAGACCACACGAGAUCAGAGGACGUGUGGCGGGAGGUGAGACUGAACCCCAGCGAGGUGAUUGGGUGCAGCGAUGACAGAGGAGAGUCAGUGACGAAGAGGGAGGGAGGAAAGACUCGAGAUCAAGAUCAUCAGAGAGCGAAGACGUCCUCAGACAUGGCGGAUGUUCGGUUACAGUAGUCGCCUCAUGUGGACCAGAAACUGUCGGGGGACACGAGAGCAGCAGCAGGCCCCGAACCUUCACCCGUCCUCCUCGUCCUCCUCGUCCUCCUCGUCCUCGUCUCUCCGCUCGCAGCUCGUCCUCAGUCGUUGAGACGUGUCGCUCCUCCUCAGGUGAAACAUGGCCGUCACCUGGCUCCUCAUCGUCAUGGCGGUCGCCAUCUUCGUCUCCAUGGUGCUGCUGGCGGUGGUGUGUGUGCGCUGCAGGAACGACGGGCCUCUGGUGUCCAUCAGACAAGCGUCAGAGGAAUCCACUGAAUUCAGAGUCAUCCAUCCAGCCCAGCCGACAAUCGGUCGUAACUCCGUCCAUCCUUCCUCCAACCUGCUGUCGCCUUUCUCUAAUUCAGUUGAUCUGGGAACUCAGAGGAAACACAGAUCGUUCACCACAGAAACUGAGAGUAAUCCCAGUUAUGAGAAUCCAACUGAUGGACCCGACUACAUAAACGAGAGCGAUGGAGAUGAAUCAGGAUACAUAGUCGUGCUGCCUGAAGGUGAAGCUCGUCCGACCGAUCAGAGCCGACCCUCGACGCCCAGCUCAGAUAAUCUACAUGAUUAUGAAAACAUCCCAACAAAGGAAGGCGCAGCUCCGACCAACAAAUCGUCGGGCAGCCCGAGUCCGACCCGGCUGUCCGAGGACGGAGAAGACGACGACCGAGAAUAUCUGAAUGUGGAACCGCUGCACUUUCCAAAACCGUCUCCUGACACCGACACCGACACCGACACCGAGGACGACGACGAGGGGAACUACGUCAACGUGAACGACAGCAGCGCCUGAACGACCUCGGCCGGGUUCCUCCUCCACCUGUGACUCCUGACGGUGUUUAAUCAAAGUGUUCAACUGAGAAAAGAAAGUGAUUCGUGUCAGAGGUGCUGAAGGUUCUGCUCAGGAUCGGGUCUCAUCACUUUGUCUGGUUUGUUCUUCUUCAUCAGAGUCCUUAAAGCCACAUCUUUAUCUUCCACCCAGCUGAGGACAGACACUCAUCAUCUAUCACCAGUAAUUAUCUCCAGCUGUCUGUUUUAAUUAUGACGUUAACGACCUACAACAGUCAGACGUCACUGAACGUCGCUCUGGUCCAGAACCGGUUUCUUCUGUACUUUGAUUUUCUCUCUUUCCUCUGACAGAACGACGCGUCUGUUCACUUCCAGCUUUACUUUCAUUUACUGACAAGUCCUGAGAAUGUCUGAGCUCACAAAAUGUUUGUUUUUCACAGUGUAUUUAUGUGUUGUUGUUGUUGCUGCCAUGGUUACUGUUGUUGUUGCCAUGGUUACUGUUGUUGUUGCCAUGGUUACUGUUGUUGUUGCCAUGGUUACUCUUGUUGUUGCCAUGGUUACUGUCGUCUCUGGAUCUGUGUGAACUAGAUUUUUUUUUUAAAACAACUACAAUUAAACUUAAAAAGAAAUGUGA